AUGGAUACUGUAAGUUUUUUAAAAUAAAAACAAUUUUUGAAAAUUUUAAAAUUUGUGGCAAAAAUGGCAAGAACUUUCUUUACAAAACAAAAUAUGACACGAAAUUUCUUUUCAAACUCAAAAAUGGCAAGCACUUUGUUUACAAAACAAAAAAUGGCAAGAACUUUCUUUACAGAACAAAAAAUGGCAAGAACUUUCUUUACAAAAGAGAAAACUGCAAGAACUUUCUUUACAGAGUAAAAAAUGGCAAGAACUUUCUUUACAAAGCAUGAAACUGUUAUAUUUUUAAAUUAAAAGUCUCUUGCAGGCUGCGGGAGACAUGUUAUACGAAGAAAAAGGAAAAGUCGAUAACCUUUUCAAAAAAGGCAAUAACGUUAUUUCAAAAACUAAAAUACGACAAAAACUUUUAGUUUAUGAUGUUUUUACACAUUUUUUGUCACACUUUCUCUUUUUUCAUAUAUAUUUUUGUUGUUAUAGCUGCUUUUUCGAAUAUCUCCGUAUCUCAAUAGUAAUGUCAUUGUUCUUAUUCAGAGCACAUGAAUAACAAAUUGUUCUGUAUAAUUUUUGCUUAAAAUAGCAUUUUUGACAAUAUGGAGGUAGUAAGAAUACAAAAAUUUCAAAAACUUUUUAAAAAUUUUAAAAAACUAGGUAAUAAAUUUUGGUUUUUUUUUAAAUUUUUAGGCCCAAAUCGCCAAACAUUAUGGAUAUCCGGUGGAAACUCACAAAGUUCAAACUGAUGAUGGUUACCUGAUUGAUGUUCAUCGGAUUCCAUCACCUAGAAGUGAGAAAUUUCAAAAUUUUAUAAAAAAUAAAAAAAAUUUUAAAAAUUUCGUGUAAUUUGACAAAAUUUAAAUUUAAAAAAUUUUUUUUUUGUUUUUUAGCUAAUUUUUACUUUCUAAUCUCAUAAAACCAUCAUAUUAACCUUGAGCACCAUAUAAACCAAAUUCUUUAAAAACGCAUUUCGUAGUCGAAUAGCGAAGCCGCCAACUUCACGCGCAAAAGCGUGUUGGUUCGAAUCCGGCCGGGUGCAAUGCCGUUUUUCGGCGUUUUUAAGCUUUCAAAUAAAAUUUUUGAUAAAUAUAAAGAAAGAAAAUUAUUAAUUAAAGAAAAAAAUCAAUUUUAAACAAUAUUAAAAUAAGACUUGUUGCAAAUAUCAAUAAAAAAUGAGUUUUUUAGACACAAAGCUCCCAAAUCAAUACCCAUUGAUUUUAAUGCACGGACUUGAGUUAACAUCAGCUUCUUGGAUUCUAAAUGGUCAGAAUGGAUCUGCUGGUAUGUUUUGUAGCAGCUUAUAGUUGUUUAACGCUUUACGAUAUUGAAAAAUAUAGUGUUUUAGAUAAAGAAGCCAAGUUAUACCUAUUUUUAAAAAUUUUUUGGCCAUUUUUCAGUUAUUUUAUUCAAUUUAAAAAAAAUUUUGCAAUUUGUAUAAAAGUAUAUGCCAUUUUUAAUAAGAGUCGUCAUUGUUUCAGGUUUUUACUUUGCUGACGCUGGAUUUGACGUUUGGCUAGCGAAUGUUAGAGGCAAUAAAUAUGGUCGGAAGCACGUCAAAAUGAACAUUUUGGACAGAAACUUUUGGGAUUUUUGGUAACAACUACCCUACCCUACCUUACCCUACCCUACCUUACCCUACCCUACCCUACCCUACCCUACCCUACCCUACCCUACCCUACCCUACCCUACCCUACCCUACCCUACCCUACCCUACCCUACCCUACCCUACCCUACCCUACCCUACCCUACCUUACCCUACCCUACCCUACCCUACCUUACCCUACCCUACCCUACCCUGCAAUACCCUGCCCUCGUCUUACUCUCGCCCUACCUUUGGUCUACUUUUGGCUUACCCUUGCCCUACCCUCGCCAUACACUCACUCUACCCUCGUCCUACCCUCGCUUUACCUUCGCUGUACCUUCGCCCUACUCUCGCUUUACCCUCCCUCUACCCUACGCUAUCUUACCUUGCCAUGCUCUAGUAAACCUCAUACCUUUAGCUACGACCAAAUGGCUGAAUACGACAUUCCAGCCAUAGUAGAGUACGUAAAGUUGGUGUCUAAGAAGAAGCAAGUCCAGUUUCUUGGCUAUUCCCAAGGAGCUUUAUUGUUAUUGGCUAAACUGUCGAUGGAUCCCGGAUUCUCUCAAAAUAUUCAAAGAUUCUAUGCUGUAGCACCGGUUACUAGGGUUCGAAAUCUGAAAGGUCCUAUGGCUGCUAUUGGAAGGUUUCAUAACGCUUUUCCGGUGAGUUUUAGGGGGUAGGGGUGGGUUUUUGAGUAGUAUUUUAUUUUUUUGGGAGGUACGGAGAGGAGGAUUGUGUAAGGACAAGAGGAGAGGAAAUCUUUGUAAGCGGGUGGAUUUUUUUUUAGGUUUUAAGGCUAAUUUAAAAAAAAUGCAGUUUAAGGAUACAGUACUGAGUGUGGAAGGUCAGGCUAGUGUAUGCCAUGGUAAGGUAUAAUAUAAUAAGGUAGUAGAGGAUAGGAUAAGGCCGAGUAGAGCAGUUUAUGGUAAAUUAGGGUACUGUAGGGUAGGGUAGGAUAAGGUAAGGUAAAGUAGGGCGUGGGUAGGGUGAGAUAGAUUACGGUAGGGCAAGUUAGGGUGGGAUAACGUAGGGUAGGGUGGGGUAAAGUAGGGUAGGGUAGGGUAGGGUAGGGUAAUAUACAUUAAUAUAGUUUUACACCAUACAUAAACUGCCACUUUUAAGCUAAUAUGGCAAGGCAACGUGCCAGGAGAGUACAUGAACGACGCUCUUCUCCUCCGCCCCUUAUCAGCCCUAUUCUGCCGCUCCCCACUAACCCGCCACCUCUGUACACAACAUAUCAUUGACUAUACGGGUCCACAUUGGCAUCUGAAUGCAAGUCGGAUUGGUGUAUAUACUGCCCAUUCAAACUCAGGCACCUCCAUGAUGAACAUGUUACAUUACUAUCAGAGUUUGGAGACGGACGAAUUUCAAAAAUACGAUUUUGGCGAAGCCGAAAAUGUCAAAAAUUAUGGGCAGGUAUGGUUGAUGAGAGCAAAAUUUGGAUUUUUAUUAUUGGAGAGGGGGUGGGGGGGGUGGUUUAUUUGGAGUUUUUUUGAAUUUUUUGGGUAGGAUAGGGCGCGGUAGGAUAGCGUAACGGCAGGGCAGGGUUUUUUUUAAAUUUUUUUUGUAAAAUACGUUGGUUGUAACCUAAAAUUGAUUUUUCUACUAUUUUUAAGUUUUACAAUUACUUGAAACAGAAUGCCAAAAAGCGCGGGAUUUUGAAAAUUCAAGUUUUUAGGGUGGCUUUUUUAAAUUUUUUAUUUAGCUAUCAUAAAAUACACUUAAAAAUUGUAGCAAUACCCACCAAUAUAUGACUUGGCGUCAAUCUCGGACUCACCAAUUCACGUCUUCUCUAGUCCAGACGAUUGGCUAGCCAAUGAAAAAGACGUUGACGGCUAUUUACUAAAACGACUAAAACCAGAAGUUGUGGCAGAAGUGACAAAACUUCAGCAUUAUGGCCAUAUCGACUUUCUUUGGGGUGGACGGUCGAUUGAGGAUAUUUAUCGACCAAUCGCUGAAAGGGCCAGGGAUUUGGAUGGGCUGAAGUUGAGGAUUCGUUAG